AUGUUCCAGAAGGUGCUUGGAGCAAGUCUGGGACCUGUGCUUGUGGCGCAUGACAAGUUCUAUGGUUGGCUCAAUGCGGCUCUGACGACGGUGCUCGACGGACAGGGCGACCGUGUUCCAUCGUGGCUGACGGCGGAUGCGGUGACAUGGGCUCGUUCCUUCCUCCUCAUUCCGACGCUCCUGCUCUUGGCGGGAGGUCAUGGCAUCCUUCCGGCGAUCCUGGUGCUUCUGGUCGACUUUGGUGACUUUCUCGACGGCGUGGUCUGGCGGUGGUGGGCCGGGCGGAAGGCGGCGGGUAGGCCGGCCGGCGGGGCGACGCAGCUCCCGCUGGCAGCCGACGUGCUGACGGGUGAAGAUGCUCAGCCUAUCAAGUUUGACGCGGUGUAUGCGUCGCGGCGGGCGGCAGGCCUGGCCAGCAAGUGGGGCCAGUACUUUGACGCGGUGGCCGACAAGGCGUUCCUGGUUCCGGUGUGGAUCUCGAUGGCGGUGCUGCCGGUCGGUGCCAAUUCGAUCCUCUCGCUGGUGGCGCUCUGGGCGCUCGCCGGGAUCGAGGCGUACUCGGCGCUCAUCCGGACCAAGCGGUACUUUUCGGAUCCGGUGGAGGUGGCCGAGGUUGCUGUGGCCGACGCGGCCAACGACUCGGGGGUCAAGUCGGACGAGGUGGGCAAGGCCAAGCAGACGUUGCAGAUGGUGGGGACGGCGCUUCUGCUUUGCCCACUCGGGGCGUGGUACCUCGGGCUUGUGCUCCUCUUCCUCGCUAUUCCGCUCGCCGGCGAAUCGGUCCGGCGCAAGCUCGUCUCGCGGCGGAUCUUUGCGCCGCUUGAGAUCCGUGGCGGCGGAGUCGACCUCGCCAUGCUGCAGUAUGUGGCCAAGGCGGCAUCGCUUGGCUCGCACCUCACGGUCGGGGUUGUCUCGUACGACGAGGUCUCGCUCAAGGACGACAUGCGGCUGAUGGCACAGGUCAAGGACGUCGACGCCGUCGUUGCUCUCCUCCAGGGCGACAUUGCGGUCAACGAGGCGUACCUCAACGACAUGGGCUUUGACUACCUUGACUACGAUGCAGGGCUCGUUGCCGCCGGCAAGGUCCAUUUUCUCGCGCUUUGA